ACUUCAAUUGAGCAACAAGAGGAGAUGGACCAUUCAAAUAGAGAGCAACACCAACCUUGGACUUUAACUUGUGGAAGUCCUUUGAUAGAACGAGAAACUGCCAAACACCAAUUAGAAAACUCGAUAUCUGGACAAAAUAUCUUAUGGGAUAAAUUGCAAAGUGUGUUUGUUACGUGCUUCAAGAGCAAAUCCUCCGUCGCCAAACAAGAAACUAUUGCCUUUUUACAGCAACUUUCAGAAUCUGGACAAAUAGAUAGAGACAUUUUAGCAGAAAAGAUAUUGAGUGGAAUAGAAAAGUGUUCAGAAGACCUGACAGAACCGCCCUUAGAAUUAUUCAGUUUCUUGAUAGGACUGAUAUUUGUUUUACAGUCUGAGAAUACCCGAAACUUCUACCUAGUGAGGUUGCUUUCUAAUCAGUUUCUGGAAGAUAUAGUAUUCUAUGUCUUAUGUCAAUAUUUUAUGAGCUAUCAACAAGAAGAAAAGUUGAAAAGCUUGGAGCUGCUGUUGUCACCGUUUUCAACGUUGCUUUGUGAACAUAAGAAGACUAUGGAGCAAAAGAUAUUUUAUUUUUUAUCGACAAUUUAUGACUACUUUGACGAAGUAAGUUCUUCAGAGAAGAAAGAAAUUUUACUAGUUAUCGUUCUGCGACUCUUGGCUAUCAAACCAAAGUCUUCUUUACUUUCAUUUGCAGAAUUGGGGCUACUUCAGAAACUGUGGACCAAGUCUUCUCGAGAUAUUAGCCAUAGAGCACUUAUUUUACAUUAUGUAUUGGCUCAAGGCUUUGAAGGAAAACCAGAAUUUAUUCUUUCAUUGUGGGAAAAUAGCCACAAGAAUAUUGCGGAGAGAAAGCUGUGGCAACAGACCAUUUUCUAUNAGAAUCACUGGAUGUGCAUGACAAUAUGGCUCAUUUUUGUUGUUCUUCGAAUGGGAAAGACUCGCGCAGCAUUUCAAAUGAAAGAACUGUUGGACUUGGUAUUCUCUGUUGAAAUGGGAAAUGAAAAGACCCAUACAAGUACUUUGUAUUUGAUGGAAGUCAUUUUGAUAGUUAUUGAAUAUGAAUAUUCUAAUCUCUCAUGGAUAUCUUCACUCAAAGAGACUUGGUGGAAAUGCAAACAAAGCAACUUGGUGGAUAAGAGUAUGCCCAGUGAAGAGCCGAUGAGUAGACAGUUAUAUGGAAAUUUUACUUUUCCAACUGAUAAGUUUCAAAUAUUUCGUUAUUUUCCAAAAUGGGUGGUUAGUAUUCAUAUGUUGGAAGAUUUCCUACGAGUGGAAGGAGAAGGAAUGGAAAAAUUGCUGAGGAAAUGGUAUAACAAUUUGACAUGUUGUAGUUCAACACUUCAGUUGUGGUUUGCUCUCUGUUGUGCUCACAUAUUUAGGCAAAUCAACAAUAUGGACAGAUUAUCUCAAGUUAUCAGUCUCUUUCAUGAAGCUAAUAGUAUUGAAAAGCUAAAUUUUUUGCCUAUUCUUUUCCAACGUGAAUGGCUUUGUCAAUUUGGGAAGCUCAGCGGAUCUUGGCUGCAGAGUUGGUUGAAUAGCUGUCCUGUCGAGUCCCAUUAUUCAUUAAUAUUGUAUAAGUGGUUGCUUUCACUUAUAGGUAUCUGUAAGAAGCCUCUUAGAAAUGGAAACCAAGGUAUUCAUUUGUAUACUUUGGUCGUUUCCAUAAUGCUGAAAGAAUCUACAAGUCGAGGAGAACCUUGGAAGACAACAGUUGUGGAUGAAAUUGUUUACUGUAUAGAAGAUUUUCCUCAAAACUCUCCAUUGCAAGAGAUAGCGUACAGUUGGAUCGAAUAUUUGGUUGAAGAAAGACCAACUUGGGUUGCCUAUUCGUUAUUUUUCAUUGUUCAACAACCGCUUGUUUCGCUUUCUAGUAAUCAUUGUGUUCCACACAUUGCAGCUUCUUGCAUCAAAAUUGUUUGCCAAUUGUGUCAAGCUAAACUAUUGGAUCACACAAAGACUUUUCAAACUUUGUACAAAUGGUGUUGCAGCUCUAUCUCUGAUUCUUGGGAACUUGAGAAGGCAUGGAUAGAGUUUCUUGGUACAAUUAUGAUACUUUCUAGUCAGAAUAAUGGAAAAGAUGUGCUUGACAAAAGUUUGAUGGAUUCUAAUUUAUAUUUGGAGAUAUUCAAUUGGAUCAGUUCCAAGUUUGUCAAUUGCAGUAUCGAUGAUCACAAGGAGUUGAGAUGUAUUAUGGAGACAUGGUUGUUAUGGUUGAAAAAAUGUUUGGCUAUUCAUUCCAUUGCAAAUGUUCAAUCUCAACAAAACACUACCCAUAUUUUAGAACCGACACAAUGGAAUCUAUUUCUUGAAACCUUAUUUGAAAAGUAUUUUUCUAAAGAUUGUCAUAUGUGGUUUUCGUCAGUAGAAUCAGAAGUGACGCUUCAUCAACUAGUGGCAACUAUGAUUCAAGCUGUUGAACUGGAAUGGCAAUAUCGAAAGAGGCUAGAAUGGUCUGCUAUCGAACAAGAUCAUUCCAUAAGAAAAUGGUCAUUUAACAUGCCUUCAAUACAAGUUUGGCUCAACCAGUUGGAGAAAUAUACUUUACAAUGUCCAUAUGGCAUUAUUCGUUGUUGUCUUAACCAUAUUCUCAAUUUUAUAUGCAGUUUGGUCAAUGGAGAAGAUGGUAGUAGUAAGAUGGCUCAAGGAUUUUAUUCACUGUGGAUACUUUCGUAUAGUCAAGUGUUACCUUUCCACAACAUGUUUUGGCAAAAGUGGAUGUUUAUUUUGAGUCAACAUUGGCUUUCUUGGAUGGAACAAUGCACAAGACUUGGAUGGAAGCUUUCUAUCUUUACAUUUUGGAUAUCACUUUGGAGCCGAUGGAGUGUCAAAAUAAGUUCAACUUGUAGAGAAUGGUUAUUAUAUGAGUUUUUGGAGAAUAUUCAAGUGACUGAUGGGAAACAUGUUGGUUUGGAAAUGGCACGUUUUUAUAUGUUAUGGGAUUUGUUGGUUGGAUAUCGACCAAUGCAAAUUCAACCUAAUCUCCUUCUGUUCUUGCAGAAGCAACCGCAGUCGAAUAAUAUUAUCACUGAGGAAAUAAGACAAAAUAUUCAAAAAUGGUGGAAAGAUUUAUUUCAUAUUAUAGAAACUCGGCUAACUUCUGUAGAACAUUUAUGCUGUCUAUUUAGGUUCGGUAACUGGACCGAGUUGAUUUUAUCUUAUCAGAGAACAUCCACGCUGUCAACAGAUACAAUGCUGCAUAUGAUCAAAAACUGGAUUGGAAACCAAAUCAUUUGGAUGGUAGGAGAUGAGUCGGGUUGUGACAUUUCAGUUUUAUCGUUGAUGAGAUUGAUUGAGCCAUGGAAGUCAGUAGAUUUGGAUUGGUUAUUGAAUACAUCAGAUUAUGGGAAGAGCAUAAUGAAUAUGCGUUAUUAUUGUAUGCAUAAGGGUUUAUGUGAUUGGAAAGCAGCUUUUGGUAUGGAUUUUUUAUAUUUUUGGAUACAAAAUGAAGCUUUGUCGAGUGGAAAGGAAAUGUAUCUAAAUGCUUCCCUCAGAUAUGGUCUUUCACAACGAAAUUUGGAGCAAAUGGUGCAAACUUGGAUGGAUUGUUUAUCCAGUCUACUGGCACAAGAUAAUAAGAAGUAUCUGCAUCGUUUGCUGGAGUUGCUUUACAAUGCUUGGAUAGAACUUCAUGAUACAAAGCUUAACCAAGUUGGUUGCCAAUUUACGAGUAUAGAUGCACUCGUUCAAUUAGAAAGUUGGUAUCAGAUAUUGUUUUCCACCAAUCAAAAGUUACUCUUCAGUCCUAUUGAGAAUUCUAUUUUACAAGGUUUAGGAUUGUUUUCAUCUCACAAGUAGAGUAGGUGUGAUAUAAGAUUGUAUUGGAAUGAAUCUCUUGAUGGCAGUUUGUAAAAGUCUUUGCACACUCAUAUAAUGAUAGGUUCAAUCCUUCAUGAAAACAUAAAUAGUUGACACUCUAGAAGAGAGUCUUGCAUUGG